GUCGAGGCGCGCACGGCCGACCUGGAAGCGGAGGUCGCAGCUCGACAGGGUGAGGCUGCCCGCUUGGCCGGGCUGGCCAACGCGGCGCACGUUCCUGCGACGCAGCGGGACUGGCUCGAGUGGCUAGACACGAACGACGGCAUUUUAAGGCACUGGCUUCGAGAAGCCCCCGUGGAGAGGCAGCAGUUUAGCCGCAGAGUGACGCCGAGGGAGGGCCUCGCGGCCGUUGCCCGCCUGGGGCCGAAGAUUGCGAAGGGGCCGCCGCUGUGGGAACGCACAAUCGCCCACCUGCCACCUGGGUAUGCGAUGCUGCUAUGGCAGCGCGGCGCCUCGGAACACAAGGUGUUGUGCUUCUUCUGCUGUCUAAGCGGAGAGCGCCGGUACCUGCCGUUGCUGAGUUCCCGCCCAGGGUGCAAUGAGUACUUCCUCCCUGCCCACACCGACUACGUCGCUGGCUUCCUCGGCGCCGCCUGCUUGGUCGCUCCGGAUGGCAUGGCCAUCAAGUGCGCGGCGCCCCUGCUGGAGCACCGCGCCCCCGCGGUUGUCCCGCGCGCGCAGGCAGACGCCGGCGCGGCCGACGUGGGCGACGCAGCAGUGGGCGACGGGUCGGAUUGCGAGAGCCUGCUGCCCAAGAUGGAGGGAGGGGCAGAGGAGGGGGCCGAGGAACUCGUGCACGACUUAGACGAGCAGGGUGCGGACGACGACGGUGACGACAAAGAGGGCGCCGACGGCGGCUCUCCUUCAGACAGGGCGCUCCCUGGGACUUGGGCGCUGUUCAACAGCGGCUACUUCGCGCUGUCAGAGAACCCGGUGAAGUACCUUAAGAUGAGCGUUUUGAAGCGGUGGCGCGGCGGGGAAUUCAUGGGGAAACGUGUGCGUAGAUCGAAGGCGGCAACGCUCGAACACCGCGGCGAUGACGCCCUUGCCAGGGACAGGACCGCGCUGGUCCUUCGCGCUUGGAUGUUGUACAGGGCCCAGGUUAACAAGUUUGCCGAGUCCAGCCCUGCCAGAGCCAUCUUCUUCUUCAACGAGCUUGAAACUGAAG